CAUACACACGCGCGCAUACACCGUAUCCGCCUGCGCUGUCAGCUCAAGCCCUCUUAGAGCUGUUUUUCAGCUGGAGAUCAGUGGGAGCUAAGGACACACAGCUGCCUCUGCUGAACGCAAGAAGGACAAGAGGAGAAGAGAGGGAGGAGAAAAGGAGGAGAGGAAGAGCACAGAGGGGGAAACAAAAACCACCAGCAGACUCAACUUGUGUGUCUGAGGUGGCUCAUUGCGGUCAUUCCUCAGCUUUUUUCUGCUGUACUUCAGGACUUUUUUUUUUCUUUUUUUUUAACAAAAAUAGAGGAGAAGAGGAGCUGUAGUUUUCACAUGACAUAAUUGGAGUGAAUAGGUUUCCAUGGUGACUUACCCUGGGAGCCUGACCCGUGCAGAGUGAAUGGAGGGAGCGACUUGGACGCCUAGUGAACGAUAAACUAACGGAGGGGAGUCACCAGAGAGAGGGAGAGGAAGAGGAGUAGUGGACAGCGGAGAGAACACAGAGCAGCGGAGCCCAGGCUGAGAAUGGAGGACGGGUUUUCCAGCUACAGCAGCCUGUAUGACACCUCAUCACUGCUACAGUUCUGCAAUGAUGACAGUGCAUCAGCAGCCAGCAGUAUGGAGGUGACUGACCGCAUCGCCUCUCUGGAGCAGAGGGUCCAAAUGCAGGAGGACGAGAUUCAGCUGCUCAAGUCUGCUCUAGCCGACGUGGUCCGCAGGCUUAAUCUGUCUGAAGAGCAACAGGCCAUGGGGUCCCGUAGAGGACCCACCAAAGACCCUGCUAUGAUGAAAAAAUCUCCUUCAGCAGACAGCAGUGUUGCAAAGCCAGCCAGGCCAAUGAUUGCAACUCUGCCGUUACGGCCCACUGUAAACAAUGGGACCAUCCUACCAAAGAAAGGCAGUGGAACUCUGCCCUCCCCAUCUGGAUCUGGAUCCAGAAAGGACACCAGCACAGCAGCCAACAAAAGAAUGUUUUACCUACCUCUCAGCACUGUAAGGAGAGCCAACUCAAACGAACAUGUGGGGACCCUUACUCGGAAAGAUUCGGGUGACUCCAAGGGCAAUCGAACCCGCACUGGGUCCACAGGCAGCAACUCCAGCGGUAAAAGAAGUGACAGCAAACAGAGGGAUCCAGUGUUCAACGCAGGGAUGCGACGUGUGACCCACUGCAAAGAGGAAGGUUAUGUGAAAAUGUUCCUUAAGGGUCGUCCCAUCACCAUGUACAUGCCCAAAGACCAAAUGGACAGCUACUGUCUAGAGGCAAGAACCGAGCUGCCCAACAACAAACUCAAACUGGACUGGGUUUACGGUUACCGUGGUCGAGACUGUCGAUCCAACCUUUAUCUGCUUCCCACUGGAGAAACAGUCUAUUUCAUUGCCUCGGUGGUUGUCCUGUUCAAUGUGGACGAGCAGCUGCAGAGACACUACAUGGGACACACUGAUGACAUUAAAUGUCUGGCUGUCCAUCCAGAUAAAAUCACCAUAGCAACCGGACAAGUGGCAGGCACCUCCUCGGAUGGAAAACAGUUGGCUCCUCAUGUUCGUGUCUGGGACUCUGUCAGCCUAAACACCCUCCAUGUUCUGGGUGCAGGCUUCUUUGACCGAGCACUAGUCUGCCUGGCUUUCUCAAAAUCGAAUGGAGGAAACAGUCUUUGUGUUGUUGAUGACUCCAAUGACCACGUCCUCUCCGUGUGGGACUGGCAGAGAGAAGACCGACUGGCUGAGGUUAAGUGCUCCAAUGAGUCAGUGUUCGCGGCAGACUUUCAUCCAACGGACAGCAACAUCAUAGUGACCUGUGGCAAAUCUCAUCUCUAUUUUUGGACUAUGGAGAAAGGCAUACUGGUCAAAAAGCAAGGAUUGUUUGAGAAACAAGAGAAGCCCAAGUUUGUGUUGUGUGUGACCUUCGCAGAAAAUGGAGACGCGAUCACUGGAGACUCAAGUGGAAACAUUCUGGUGUGGGGAAAAGGCACUAAUCGCAUCAGCCACGUCAUUCAGGGAGCUCACGAGGGCAGCAUCUUUGCUGUGUGCAUGCUGAGAAAUGGCACACUGGUGUCAGGGGGGAAAGACCGCAGACUUGUUUCCUGGGACAGCAGUUACCAACAAAUACAAACAGUGGAGGUACCUGAGUUAUUUGGUCCCAUUCGGACCAUAGCAGAAGGCAGAGGGGAGACUGUGCUCAUUGGGACUACAAAGAAUUUUGUUUUACAAGGCAGUUUGGAUGGAGAAUUCACAUCCAUUACACAGGGUCACACGGAUGAAUUAUGGGGUCUGGCUGUGCAUCCCUGGAAACCUCAGUUCCUGACCUGUGGAUAUGACAGGCAGGUCUGUUUAUGGGACUCAAGCAGCCAUCAGCUUAUUUGGAUCAAGAACAUUGAAGAUACUGCCCAGUCAGCAGGCUUUCACCCAUCUGGAGCUGUGGUUGCCAUAGGAACCCAAACUGGCAGGUGGCUGGUGCUGGACACCGACUCUAAGGAUUUAGUCACAGUGCACACAGAUGGGAAUGAACAGCUGUCUGUUAUGCGCUACGGACCAGAUGGUAACUUCCUGGCUAUCGGUUCCCAUGACAACUACAUCUACAUCUACGCUGUAGUAGAGAACGGGAGGAAGUACAGUCGAGUUGGGAAGUGUUCGGGUCAUUCCAGUUUCAUCACCCAUUUGGACUGGUCAGUGGACGCCCAGUACCUCGUAUCAAAUUCAGGCGACUACGAGAUUCUAUACUGGAUCCCAUCAGUGUGCAAACAGGUAGUUAGCGUGGAGAACACCAGAGAUAUUGAUUGGGCCACUUGCACUUGUACUCUAGGCUUCCAGGUCUUUGGUCUGUGGCCUGAUGGUUCAGAUGGCACCGACAUCAAUGCAGUGUGCAGGUCUAAUGACAGAAGCCUCCUGGUCACUGGGGAUGACUUUGGGAAGGUCCAUCUCUUAUCGUACCCCUGUUCACAGUUCAGGGCUCCCAGCCAUAUUUAUGGUGGCCAUAGCAGCCAUGUGACCAAUGUGACCUUCCUGUCUGAUGACAGCAACCUGGUGUCGACUGGUGGGAAGGACAUGAGUGUGAUGCAGUGGAGGGUUGUCUGAGCAAGCCGACAAACAGAAAUGCUACGGACUGAAACCCAGCUGAAGCAAACUGUACUGAACUGCACUAAAAUAAACCAAACCAAACUCUAAAUAAUAAGCAGGUCUGAAUGAACUGAAGUGAUUUGACAGAAGAGAAACAGAGGUUUCCUUCCUGAUCUGCUCUCAGCUGAGUUGAAUGGAGGUGUAAUAAGCUGCUGCUUGAAAAAUCCUCCUUUUUCUCUUCCUUUCUUUCUUCACACUUCAUGUACAAAAUAAUCUCCCUCUCACAUACUGCAGCCUUGUUACCAAUGAAACAAAACAGAAUGAGUCUGAAUUAACAGAACCAAAGGCUCUAAUUUUAUGACCACACAUCCACAGGUCUUGUUUGGCGCACACUCCUGGACAGAGGAGUUUUUUGCUGCCUGUCAGAGCCGUUUCACACUGAUGGAGAUGGAGAGCCAAGCCUUGUAACAUAGGGAGAAAAAAAACAAACAAAAAAAAACCUGAAAGAAAGAACAUUGUGAUUUUCUUACUGUUAAACUUUCUUCUGUUUUGUAUUUAACAACUCAGGAAAGCACUAAUGAAGCAAGACCCUUCCCUGUUAUUAACAUAUCAGAACUAUAUCUCUGCUGCAGUUACUAUUAGACUUAAUUGUUUACUGAUUCAUUUGCAUCAAUUGUUUUGUAUUUGUUUGAUUUAAAAAAUACUGAAAAUUGUCAAAAGCCUAACUAAACACUAAUGAUCACAAAUAAUAGUCGAUAUGCCAAAUUACUUUGAAGCAAAAAUAUCCCAAACACAUUUCAACUAUUUAUCUAAAUCUUAAAGAAAAGACACAUUCAUUCUUAUUUAUUGGUUUUAAGUCGUAUCCUGCACUGCUAUUUUUAUUUCUUUUUAAUUUUCUCAUGCAGUUAAUCCCUGUUUAGUUCUGGAUGGGUGAAAGUAACAAGAGGCUUGAAACAGAUUUGAGGAAAAUGUGAGCGAAUAUUUGAGACAGUUUCAGAUUUUUUUAGGAUGAGAUGUUGUACUUUCUGUUUUAUUAUUUGUCUUGAAUGCAAAGAGCAUCAAAACCAAGUGUAUAUGAAGUUUUUUCUUUUAAUGUGUCUACUUUUUAUUGCACCAAGAUCAGUUCACAGAGGGGCGAGGAUGAGACCAUUACACUGUAGCUGCCUGACGAGCACCGUCAGAUGCAGGAAAGAUAUUUAACUGAAGUCAAUCGUCUUGAGGUGUUUUCCUCUAUAAUGCACUGCUUCCCCUUGCUGAACAUUCAACAGGUUUAUCAGCACCAAAGUGGAAUGUGUCAUAAAUCAGUGUCCACUACUUCAAGCUGUGUCACAUUCAUUCAGAUUUAUGGUACAUAAAAUGUCACACUCCUAUGUUUCUGGUUAACAGAAAGCUAAGCUUACACACAUGUGGGCUGAUAUGAUGAGUACAAAGUGAUAUUUAGGAGUUGAGCAGAUUUUAGUUUGAACAUCACUGCCACUGUUUGUUCAGAGACCUGGAGGUUUGGCUGAUCAAAGUCUGAAAAACCACAAAAAUCUUCUGUCAAUGCUCUUCAGAGUCGAUCUAACACGACUUGUCUUACCACUUAACACAUAAGCUUGCCAGAAAUCAAAACCAUUAAACAUUUGUCUCCUGA